UUCCGGUUCGAGCGCCAUCUUGAUAGUUAGCAUCGUGAUUAAUUACUUUGUUUUUUGCUUAUUAAUAUUGUUUAAAGUGUAAUAUCGAUAGCUUAUUAUACAGUAAACUAAUGUGGUAGUGUGCAGUGAAUGGAGAAUUAAUUUUGAAGCGCGUUUAACCACCAUCUUGGAGUCAACGGCCGGUAGUCCACGUGCUUCUUGUAAAGUCUAGCUAUCGAUUUACAAGAGCUAACAAAUCACCGUACACUGUCUUGUACAACCGUACAAUUUUUGUCGUUUGUAAACCUCUCAAUACCUUGAUACUGGCGAAAUAGUCCCACUGGGCUGAAGCCAUAAUUUUAAAAGAAGAAGAAGAAGAAGUUGUAGUAUCUCUUAUUAGUCUGUGCAUUUGUUCGUAACAGGAGAGUUUCCAACCACUGGUCAGUAAGUACAAUAUAAGCCACGGAAAGGCACCCGUUGCUGUUUGCGAUCCACGUUAAUAAAUGUAAAUGGAAAAAAUACAAGCCACUUUUGUCCUCUCUGGGUUCACACCUAGACAGAAGAGACAUGCUGUAGAACAGUUAGCCGGGAAUGUCUGCGUAAAAUUGCGCCGCUUGGACGACGUGUACGAGAUGAAUUCCAAUGGUAAAUAUUCUAUUAUACAUUGCACUAACAAAAUCAAAGUCGAACCAAUCGACAACGAGACUUCAAAUACUGAAGAUUUAGUGGAGAAUUACUAUCACAAAGCGGAGGUCGACCAAGUAUUUAAUAAAGAAUUAAAAAUUAAAAAAGAAGAAUCAGACUCAGACUGCGACCCUUUGUUAGAAAUCAAGAAAGAAAAAGAAGAGAAGUCUCCAAUAACCGAUCCAGACUGCGACCCUUUGUUAGAAAUCAAGAAAGAAAAAGAAGAGAAGUCUCCAAUAACCGAUCCAAAGUUAGCCAUUUUGGCUCUGAAAGGAAAUGAUCUGGAACCUUUGCAACCUAAUAAUACUCCACUCCCUUACUUACAGGAGUGUAGAGUAGACUGUUCUAAGAGUGAGACAUUCCUUCCCACGUUCCGCAACUUUCACGGGACGGACAUGAAAACAUUCUUGAAUGGACCUUGGACCGAAGACGAUAACAACAUGCAAAAAAUUAAUUUCACCAGGAAACAAGCUUGGUUAAAGCCUUCCACAAACAAUCCUACUCAUUAUUUUGAAUAUUUUAUCGAUGACGAGUACCUUAAGGAAAUUGUGGUAGCUACUAACCAACAUGCGUUUAGGAAGAAGGAUAUUAAACGCGACGCUUGUUACUCGCGUGAUUGGAAAGACGUUACGGUCGCAGAGUUUAAAAUCUUUAUCGGAUUGCUUCUGCACACGGGGACUGCGAAAUUUAAAAACGUUGUCGAUCACUGGAGACCACAUAGACUUUACAAGUCUUGCUUUCCGGAAUACUUGACCCCGCAAAGAUUCACGGCAAUAAUGUAUUAUUUGACCUUUCCCUUUAUGAAAACUGAGAAGAAAAUCAGUCAACUUAAAUUCAAUCACCCAAUGGCCGAUCACUUUAACAAGGCACCAAAUUAAACUACCAAAAUUAUAGACUGUUGGUCCUAGAACAUCUUUUACCGGCCACUGCUCCCAGCCCAGUCAAGCAGCACAGAUUAGUCAAGAUUAUACAAAAUCAAUACAGAAAUCAAACAUCAAACAGAACCAAUCAAGAUAAGCAUAUCAUACAGACGAUCACGCGAAACUGCAAAAACUGUUCGAAAGAUAAUAUUAUGGUUUCCACGACUUACCAGUGCAAGGGAUGCGACAAUGGCCCAGCUUUAUGCUUUUCAUGCUUCUUUAAACUUCAUUCCUGUACUUUGAUUAAAUAAAUUGUUUAUUUUAAAAUUAA